GCGGAAGAAUGUUUCAGAGAAUGUCACACUUAACAGUUUGUCGCGGACAGCCAAUAACUUUUCAAUCGAUCAGGUGCUCAGCAGUCAUUGAUAAAAGUAUAAAAGUGUUCCUUCACAUAGACUGAAGCCAAUUUGAUGGCUUAAAUAUCCGGCCUCAACAUCCAAAAUCUAAAAGCCAUUCGAAUGUUUCAUCCGGUACUAAGAUCGUGAUGUUUGCCAGAAAGUCCAAGACCAUCAGCAAAACAGGUGGUUCUGCAGUGAGGCAAAUAGAAUAGUACUUGAGGCAGCAAUUUGCCUGUGAAGAAAAGUUACAUCUCUUUGAAACAAUGUUAGUGUGUCGGAAUAUGAGAAACAAUUGUGGUAUUGACCUUUUUAACUUUAUUUUAAAAUAAUGGCAAAUACUUUUCACGAAAAUUCGUACCAUUUAUUAUGCCAAUUUUUUGCAAUGUUCUCCGAUCCUCAGCAUUUCGAUCGAGUGAUUUUUCAAAGAAUGUGUGACUAUAACAGAGAUUAAUAAUACAGCAUUGGGGUCUUUUGAACAGAUUUACGAUGGAUUAUGAUUACGGGGAUUAUAACGAUACCCUCAAUAGAGCUCCGGGUGUCCAAGACCCAGAGACUGAACCGUGUACUCAAACCCAUACAACAUCGCAACCUGUGUCCGUGGCUCGACCAGAGGAGUUGUUCUGUCCAGUUUGGCUAAGAGAACUACCCUGGCCUAAUACUACAACAAUUGAGGAUGUCAAUGUGGAAUUUCGCCGCCGAAACAUCCCUGGAAUUUACUUCAUAUCAUUACAGAUGCUUCUUGGUCUCAUCGGUAACUUGUUAGUAAUCGUAGUAUACUUUACCCGCUUCAAGAUUUCCAACUACCGAGUUUUUGUCCUGUUUCUGGCAUUUCUAGAUCUUAUUAAUUGUGUGCUAGUGAUGCCAUUUGGAAUUCUGUAUUUGUAUUAUCCUAUUAACUUUCCAUCUAACUUUAUAUGUAAAGCUGGGCACUUCGUUGGAUUUUUCGGUGGAGUUGCUUCGCCACUGAUGCUUGUUGUAAUUGCCAUAGAUAGAUUCCGCAAAGUUUGUAGACCGUUGAAGAAGCAGAUUACAGAGAAACAAGCGAAAAUUAGUUGCACUGUGAUUGUUUUCAUGACUUUGAGCGUUACGUGGUUCACGCCUUGGUUUUAUGGAAAUGCAGCAGUUAAAACGAACAUCCAUGGAAUUGAGGGCACCAGGUGCUUUAGAGCCGAAAACGAGUUCUUCAUGUCUUUAUCUAAGUGGUACUAUAAUGUACUCAUAUCUAUGUUUCUUGUUGUAACUAUAAUUCUAUCGGUUUUGUACUAUUUCAUCAUGAAAAGUGUGCAUAGUCAUUCCAAGUAUUUCUCUAGUCGCCGUAAGGAUUCAGUUGGGUCAUGUAGCAAAAACCUCCAAACCAGAAAGUCGACCGUGACGUUCAUGAUAAUAACUAUUGUGUAUGUUAUAAGUACACUGACUCAUGAUGCUCUCGCCAUGGUGUUGCAUCUUAAAUCUGAUCUAGAGUGUGAUCUCACAUUCACGACGGGGACGAUCUAUUACACAUUUUUCUGGACAGUCUUUCUUAAUAACGUAUCUAACCCUUUUAUAUAUGGACUAUCAGAUGAUAGAUUCUCUUCGCUAAUUAGAGAAUUGUUUAAAAAAAGAGGAACGGGGCUGUUAUCCAGAACUACAUUGAAUAACACUAGGUCAAAUUCUAAAAGAAGUUCGUCUUUAUCGGCGAUGAUUACACAGUUUCAGAGACAAUCCACAUUUAGCAGACCUUUAAGGCAAGCGAGCUUAUACCGGAAACCAUCGGUUUCAAGUAGAACCUCUGUCGGUUCAAACCUGGUUCGAAAACAGUCUGUCCAUUUCAAAAGUUCUGCUCCUACAGACAAUCGCAAACAAUCCGAUGCCAGCAAAUCUUCUAAUGAGGAUGUCUGCUGAUAUCGUACGCUUACACGUGUCCGUAAAAUUUGAAUAUUCUUUUUUGUAUUUAAGUGUUUUUUUAAAUUUCAAUUUUGCAUUGCAUUAAUUAAAUUGUUCUGAAUUUUCU